CCGGGGCGGAGGGGCUGCCCGGGGAUGCUGGAGCGCCGCCGCCCCUCGGGCGCUCCGCGCGGGACGGAUCCUCCGCGCGGCUCCCUCUCGGGUGCCGCUGAUGCUCCGUGCGGUCCGGGCGAGCGGCGCUAGCUUUGCUGCGGAGAGACAAAAAGACCUGCACGAGCAAGACGCGGCGGAAGCGCGGCUGCAGAUGCAUCUGUUGUGACAAAGUUGAUCUUAAAGACUAUCGAGCCUGAAAAGAGUUCUGGAAGCGUGAGGCGAACGUGGACUUCCAGAAGCCCAGGAGACUUGCAGGGACAGAGUGCAGCAUCUGAACGGAAGGGGAGGCCUGGAACGGGAGCCCUGCCUGCCCACGCCUGGACUCAGCACUGCUAGGGCCACAUCUUACAGUAAGAGGAGGAAGAAAAGACAGUUCAUUCACAGUUGCUAAAAAUGGGAGGCAGCAUCUGUCCAGCAGACCAGGAAGAGAAGCUCCAGACCUUGUUGUCUGCCUGUGGGACAUCCCCGGGAGUGCCGCGGCUGGAGUGACACAGCCCUCUGUCAGUAAGGGGUGUCAGGGCAGCAUGGCGCAGAAAGCAUGGAUCAGCAUGCUCUUCCACAGCCGCAAGGCCCAGCUCCUGCUGGUCAACUCCCUGACGUUUGGCCUGGAGGUCUGUCUGGCUGCAGGAAUAACCUACGUGCCUCCGCUACUGCUGGAAGUGGGUGUGGAGGAGAAGUUCAUGACCAUGGUUCUGGGGAUAGGCCCUGUCCUCGGCCUUGUUUUUGUCCCGAUGAUCGGAUCUGCCAGCGACCACUGGCACAGCAGCUAUGGCCGAAGGCGGCCUUUCAUCUGGAUGCUGUGCCUGGGAGUCCUGCUGAGCCUCUUCGUUAUCCCCCACGCCAGCAGCCUGGCCGGCCUCUUCGCCCUCAACACUCGCCCGCUGGAGAUUACCUUCCUCAUCCUGGGCAUUGGCUUACUGGAUUUCUGUGGCCAGGUCUGCUUCACUCCACUGGAAGCCCUGCUCUCGGACCUCUUCCAGGAGCCAGACAACUGCCGCCAGGCCUUCUCCAUGUACGCCUUCAUGAUCAGCUUGGGGGGCUGCAUUGGCUACCUGCUUCCAGCAAUUGACUGGGAUGGCAGCUUCCUGGCCCCAUACUUGGGUGGACAGGAGACGUGCCUCUUCAGCCUCCUCGCCGUCAUCUUCCUCGGCUGCGUGCUGGCCACUCUCUUUGUGACGGAGGAGGCAGCCACCCAAGCAGAUGUUCUGGCCGGCCCAGCACUGAAGGAUGCUCCCCCUAAGCCCUCGUCCGCUGCCUGCUGCUCUUGCCAGGUGUCCAGGAGCCUCCUGAAGGCCAGGCACGUGGUGCAGGCCCUGAGAAACCUCUGCACGUUGGUGCCGCGGCUGCACAGCCUCUACUGCCGCAUCCCCAAGGUCAUCCGGCGCCUGUUCGUGGCCGAGCUCUGCAGCUGGAUGGCACUCAUGACUUUCAUGCUUUUCUACACGGACUUUGUCGGGGAAGGGCUUUACCACGGCAUCCCCAGAGCCAAGCCAGGCACGGAUGCCAGACGCCACUAUGACGAAGGUGUCCGCAUGGGUAGUUUGGGCCUCUUCCUGCAGUGUGUCACGUCCAUCUUCUUCUCGACAAUCAUGGACUGGAUGGUGAAGCAGUUUGGGACGCGGGCAGUCUACCUGGCCAGCGUGGUGUUCUUCCCCAUGGCUGCCUUCGUCAUGUGCCUUUCCCACAGCGUCAUUGUCGUUACCAUCUCGGCUGCUCUGACGGGCUUCACCUUCUCUGCACUCCAGAUCCUGCCGUAUACACUGGCAUCGCUGUAUCAUCAUGAAAAGCAGGUGUUUUUGCAUAAGUAUAAAAGCAAAGAGGAGGAAGACACAGCUCAGUUGGACAAGAAAUCGGUCUUCCCUAAAGGCCUCCUCUCUAGCCAGAAGCUGCCUUACCAGAACGGACACGCUGGAGGCCUCUUCUCUUCUUCCUCUUCCUCCUCGUCUCCUGCAGCUGCCAGCUCGGCUCUGUGCGUCAGCUCCUCCUGCGAGGUCUCGCUCAUGAUGAUGGUGGGAGAUCCGGACUCUGUGGCUCCUGGCCGAGGGAUCUGCCUGGACCUGGCCAUUUUGGACAGUGCUUUCCUCCUCUCUCAGGUUGUCCCGUCCCUUGUCAUGGGGUCCAUCGUCCAGUUUACGCAGUCAGUGACCGCCUACAUGGUAUCGGCUGCUGGCUUUGGCCUCAUAGCCAUUUACUUUGCAACCAAAGUUGUCUUUGAUAAGAGUGACAUGGCCAAGUACUCAGUGUGAUGUGGAAGGCGCAGGGGCAACACCCGGGUGACUGCAUGGCCAAACAAGACGCAUGUGUAUGUUCACACAGCCACUUGUGGGAAGCCUCGUGUUGCGUGUGCUCUCCCCGUGCUGUUGCUGGGAGCCCUGGGGGUGCUGUUCUUGGGCUGGGGGCAGGAGAGAUGCAGCAGAGCUUAUCUCAGGUGUAAAUAAGAGGCAUUGGGGCAUUGUGCUUUGGGUCGUCAGUGCUUUUCACGUGGUGCCUUUAUCAAAGGAAAGCACUACACAGACAGCACCAAAGGGGAUUGUAGGGAUGAGAGAAAGGAAAUGGACUUUUCCUUUAAAAACGGGUCAUGUUUCUGUGUAAUUCUACCUAAACCGAGCAGGAGAAACAGUGGUAUGGGAAAGGGAAAAAGAGAUCAUUGACUAUCCUGUUUUCUAGUUGUAGUUUGAUCCUCUUCCCCUGCUUGUUCUAGUUUUACUCAACUUCUUGAGUAAUACUUCUUCAGAUAGGACACUGGGAGGAGAUUUGCUUGGAAAAAGGAUGGAUGGCUAAGAUUUAACCAGUGAGCAAAGGGGGGAUGUGUAUGUGUACACACAUUUCAGUCCUUCCCAGUCUUCGUUCUGGCUAGCAGAAACCAAUUUAGGAGAAAAGCUACUAUGUCUUGUUUUAGAAAAAUAAGUAAUGUUUCAUUAGGACCAGUUCCAAGAGGUGACUGAUCUUUUACCUUUGUACCAAGAUUCAUCAGAUGGAAAGGACUUUUUAACUUUUUUCUUUUUUUUUCUUAACCAUUUUAGCUUUCCCUACAUCGUUCUGAUUAACUGUGAUCUUGCCUUCCUCAGAGCUCAGAACUGUAGCCUUCUCUCUUCCAGUGCCUUAUAACAGAUCGAGGCUUCUACACCUGGGUCGUAUGCCUUCUACACCUGGGUCUUAAAAAGAUGCAGCAAUGUCGUGAGGAAGAUCUGUUCUCCGAGGGUUUUCAGUCCUAUAACAGGGACAUCCCUCCUAAAAGGCCGUCCCAAGAACUCUGGACCAAACAUACCAGGCCUGAAGAAGGUGGAGGAAUUGCUUGUCCCCGAUGGCCAGCUGAACUCAGCAGUAGUCAGUGCUCAGUAGCUACCUCUCGUCAGUCGCUGGCUGUGUCCGCGUUCCCUGGAAAAUGUGUCUCCAAAGCAGCCUUCUAGACCAGACUCUUCCUUCCAAACCGAAAGGCCUGAGGCUGUGUUUGCAGGUAGGCUGGAGGGCGCCUUGUAGAGCCCGCUGCACCCCAGUAUCCAGCGUGUUGGCUGAAUUAACAUGUUGUCAGCACACCUGGGCAGCCUGAUGGAGACAGUGUCCUAAACAGGAGGUAGGUAGGAUGAAACGUGCAGCCACUAUGGCAGCUACUUCUAGAACAGUGUAAGCCUAAUUCUUGGUGUUUUGGACAAGAGAAGUACACUCUUGGGGCCAGUUGGGCUUGUGGUUUGCUGAUCCCCAUUACACAUUUACUGUGUUACGCUUUUUUUUAAUUUCCAGACAGGAGUCAAGAUUCUUAUUGGGGCACAGCCUAAACAUAGUCACCUGACGGAGUAAAGCAAAGUGUUUCUCGUUCCCACAGUGGUGGGAGCAGAAUGCUCCUGGAUUGUUUAGAUGGUUUAGCUCACGGACAUGACUCAUCUUGCAGUGGCAGAAAGCUGGCUGCAGCUGCGUGUGCUUCUGGCUGGUCCCGUGCCUGAGGUGAGUGGAGCAGCUGGAGAAAUUCUGCUGGUGGCAGGUUUCUGCCACUUGAAGAUCCCCCAUACACCGAGGGGGAGUCAAGAUCCUGGCGCACAGAAUUCCUUAGAACUUGAAGUGAUCCAAACUCUGCCAACAGUGUGUAGAGGAAGGCAUGAACUGGGCCCUCGGAGGCUGGGUUGUAAGUCUGCAGGAGAAGUUUCCCCAAAAGACAACAGUCCUUAUCUUUGGCUGGUCUAAACAAAGUGUUUGUGACUAAUACUCUCGUAAUUUGCUGUGUAGGUGUGUGGGCAGUGAGAUCCACUGGUGAGGCUCUGCUGAAGGGCAGAAUGUUGCUAUUUUUGCAAGGUCAUGUCAGACUGUUUCUUGGCAUGGAAGCAAGGUUACUCCCCUGCUGUCUGCAGACAGAUCCUGAGAGGGCUUCUCCUAAGUUUUUUAAACUUUUCUUUCCCGUAAAGGGUGACUGUUUUUGUUUUAUUUCCUCUCAAAUUAUAUGCCUACCAGCCUCCCUUUCCCACAGCAAGGUUUGUGUGUUGAAAUGCAGCUGUUUUGGGAAUGGAUGUGGCAGCUGCUUAACCAUCUGUGGAAAUGGUUUUUCUUUUCUUUUGCCUUUCCUACCUUGGUUUGAUCCACUUGAAGCUUUAUGAGGAAGUUUUUAGGCAAAAUGUUAUUGCCAAAGGUGGGGUAUUUCUCGGAUGAAUGCUCCCACUGAUGAGUAUAACCUCUGACCAAGAUUUUCUAACAGGUCCCUAUCUGGGUGUUGAGGUACCUUUUUUUUUUUUUUCUUUUUUCCUCCUUCCUCUGUAUAAAAUGUGGGGAGCCUUCACACAUGGAGGCUGCAAAGGUGCUCAGUGCUUUUGAUAAUUGAGCCAUAUGUUUAAGUGCCUAAAGAGUACUUCCACAGCAAACUCCAGGUGUACGGGUUUGAUGAUAAAGUCCUUGAAUGCUUCGUUAGGAACAUCCAAGUGAUCCUUGGGAAAGCAGAGGGCUGGAGGAUGAGACAGCCUUGUUUUAUGAUGUCCUUUGGUUUGGAACGUGAGAGAACAAGGUGCUGCCUGUAUCUCCUUCAAGAGGGCAAAACUGAGGCGUGCCAGGUUCCCUAGCUGACCUGCCCUCCACGUGCUCCGGUGGCUUUGGUGCAGCUGCAGCCUAGCCGUAGCUGGCGGACAGGAGUAGGCUUGGGCUCAUGGUAUGUGCAAGGAGGCUUUGUGCAUUGGCUGGACUGCAGGACUUGGGAUCACUGGUCUUGGACCUGUCCUUGACUGGUAGAUCAAGCAUACCACCAGCUUCCUCGUCCUCCCGUCCCCUUCGCUGCACUGUGUCUGGGACUCGGCAGCCAGCUCUCGUCACAAGUCUGGCCUCUGCGUCCGCAACGCUGGCCCUGAUGUCGCUGAUCCUAGGAGAGGGCAGGCUGGGUUUGUCCAGUUUUCUCAUAAUCCAGAUAUGCUUCAGGGGAGGUGCUUGCAUUUGCUUCAUUUAUGUUUGGAAAAGACCGUUGAGCGGCUGAACUUCUGACUCCUCCACCAGCUGCUCUUGCUCUUUGCUGCCGCAUCCUAGACAGGCGCCAGUCAUCCCGCUUUGGCCUGACCUGUGGCCUGGCUGAUAACAGAGCUUGUUCUCUUGAGCUCUCUGCUCCAGCUGGAGAGACAUGAUUCGGGCUGAACCAGGGGCUCCUUAUCCAUGGGUCCUCUGGCUGCAGCACUCUCCUUUAGCCCGUUCACAAGUACAAGAGGAGCUGCUUGAUUAUUCACAACAGACCGUUUGAUUUCUGUGGGUCCCCCCUGCCCUGGCACCCUACUCCCCAGCCCUCCAGCUGGAGUGAAACCCAGCAAAUUCGGUAAUUGCUCCUUUCCUCCUUACCCUCCUUUUACAUCAGGAGAAGUCUGCUGGGCCGUCUGCCAGCUGCUGACACAGUGGGCAGAUGGGUACAGGAAGGAGCGUGUGCCAGGAGCCAACCCUGUCUUUACCAGCCCUGUCCCCCGUGGGAGUUGAGGCCCAAACACACUGGGGCUGUUUGCCCUAAGAAAGCGGCUGUUUGCAGCAGGGGAGGAGGAGCGUAGGCAGCUGCCAUCCGGGGUCAGAUCCUGCAGGGGCGAUGGGCAGUGGGCAGGCUGGGGUGCAGCCUCGCUGCCCAGGAGUUCAGCCGGGGAGGAAAGACAAGGCAGCAGUCUCUGAGAGAAGGAUGGGGAGAGACCAGGGCAAGGGAGCUGGAGGAAGAGGUGGUUUUGGGCAAGUCUGAGGCUUUGCGCAGUGGGAGGGGCUGGGAUGUGACACGGGCUGGGACUGGGAGUGGGUUGGAGCUAGCCACUUGUUGCUGUCUUGCCAUUUUGGAGUCAGGCCUGCAGAGCUGGCCUUGUCGCAUCCUCGUGAAAGCACUCGUGACACUUCGUGCUUGCAGCCUCAUCCCAGCUGUUGCGAGAGCCAGCUGCGGAGGCCGAGCUCUGGUCCGGCUGAGCUGGGGCCACCGGCAGCUGCCUUUCCCCAGGCCGUAAGGGAUGUUGCCGUCGCUGUCCUUGCUGCGACCCCGGCCGUUGUCCCGACAUUCCCUGUCCUCCAGCACGAUGCCUUGGGUGCUGUCAUUACCAGCAGCCCUUCUUCCUAGUUCAGGCUGUUGCUGAGGCAUUUUCCAGUGCGUGUUGAGAAGCUCCCUUGUCGGUACGGUUGUCCUUCCUGGCUAACCCCGCGUGCUUCUGUUAAGAGCAGCUUCUCCAUGGCUGGAUCACGUACAGACCAGCAAGGGACGCAGGCAUGUUCUGGUAAAGGUAAGCGCAUCUGUUGGAUGCUGCUGCCGCUUCACAGGGGUUGGUACGAGCUCUUCGGAGGAUGUUACCCUGAGCUUUUGUUUCCAGCUAGUAGCUGCGCUGCUGCUUGCUCCUCCCGGUGAACCGUGCUAUGCCUCUCCCUCCCUUGCUGCAAGAUGGGGAUUUGGAGGGCGGUGAGGAGCAGAGGGAAGGCGGCAGCGUGUGUUUUCUAAUGUGAGACUUGUUGUGAACCUCUAGGUUAGGGAAGGAUGUUUUGAUGCUGUUUUUUUUUUUUUCUCCUGAGAUCAUAUACUGUCUUGAAGAUGCUCAUGUUUUAUUUAUUCAGUAGAGUCAAUAUUUUGUAUACCGUGUAAGAGGAGAGCUAUUACAAAUUUCUAUGAAGGGAAAUAAAAAGGCAUUGAAGCUGGG